UUCCAACUUGGCCUUGAGUGUGGGUAUGUCUUCUCCAUGAGAACGGAUAAGAAUAAGAUCAUAGACGAAGUCAGAAAACACUGCCACUAACAAAUCCCACAAACAGACUGAUACUAAGGGGAAACAUUUUUACACAAUGGAAAAUAGGAAAACUAAUACUAUGAAGCUCAAAGUUUAUGCAGAUAGGUUGUCCCAGCCAUCGCGGGCAGUUAUAAUCUUCUGCAAAGUUAAUGGUAUAGACUUUGAGGAGAUCAAACUAGACAUUUCCAAACGCCAGCACUUGUCCCCUGAAUUCAAAGAAAUAAACCCUAUGGCACAAGUUCCUGCUAUUGUUGAUGGAAGAUUUAGGCUGUUUGAAAGUCAUUCAAUUCUCAUCUACAUUGCUUGUGCAUUUCCUGGGGUCUUAGAUCAUUGGUAUCCUGCUGAUCUCUUUAGGAGAGCUAAAAUUAACUCAGUGUUGGAUUGGCAUCACUCUAACUUACGCCGCGGUGCAACUACGUAUGUUCAAAAUACUGUACUUGGGCCUGUGCUCGGAAUUCAAAUGAACCCACAAGCCGCUGCAGAAGCUAGGAAACUUCUGUCUUCAUCUUUGUCAAAAAUAGAGACUGUUUGGCUCAAGGGGAAUGGACGCUUCCUGCUGGGUGGUCGUCAACCAUCCAUUGCAGAUCUUAGCCUUGUAUGCGAAAUUAUGCAACUUGAGGUUUUGGAUGAGAAGGAUCACAUAGACAUACUUGGCCCGCACAAGAAAGUUCAGCAGUGGAUUGAGAAUACAAGAAGCGCAACUGAACCUCAUUUUGAUGAAGUUCACCGACUCCUUUACAGGGCCAAAGAAAGAUUCCAAGAGCGUCGGUUGAAGGGCCUAGACAGUGAGGCUGAGUCAAGCUUUAAAAAGGUGCUGCCUUCAAAGAUGUGAGAGUUGAGAUACUCGAAGGUACAAUUCUGUCAUUUUUACAUAGCGGUUUGGGUCUUGUGAUGGCUAAUCCUGCUGUAAAUGUGACAUCUACGGUGCUGUGUGUGAAUCUUAUGACAUAAAACUUUAAUACAUGUGCUAUUAUACAACUUAUAUGGAAAUAACAGGUUUCUACUUGUGCUGCACCAA